AUGUCGCCGUGUCCACUCCUCAGGAGCUAUUCAUUAGUAUUUAUAUCAAUUGUACACAUCUUUGUCAUCAUCAAUAUUAUCAUCACUUUUAACGGUACGUAUGGCUCGCUCGCAGUCAUCGGUGGUGGAGGUGUGGCGAGCGGUGGUGAGACGUGUCGUCGCAAAGACGUGAACGGAAACGACGAGGUCUUCGAGUGUCCCCGUCUUUUCGAGUCCAAUAAGAAGCGCUUCUGCUGUGGAUUCACACCACAAGACAAACACUGUUGCGAAUGGAGUAAAAAGAGUCGCGACAUCAUCGCCAACCCAUCCGAUGUCAAGUACCUCUUCGAGGGCGCGGUGGCCGUCAUUAUCAUGGCUUUGCUCGUCAUCGGAGGUCUCAUCAUCUGCUGCUGUUACCUCUUCGAGGGCGCGGUGGCCGUCAUUAUCAUGGCUUUGCUCGUCAUCGGAGGUCUCAUCAUCUGCUGCUGUGUCUGCGCCUGUUGUCUGUUGUCUCGUAAGAGGCAAAGACGUGGACAUGUCAUAGGCAAGUGUCCAUCUGAUUGUCACGUGUCCAGUGCCGUUCACCACAACACUAUCAAUGAGUUGUUCCAAGUGUUUGGUUUAAAUCAGUUUUGUGUCAUGUCUUUAGAUCGUCACCCGCCGGACGGAACAAGUGUGACAACCGUGACGUCCCAUCCAAACAGUGCCUCAUAUCCGGUGCAACCGAACGCCUACCCCAUGCAGAACGUGACGGCGCCCUACGACCAGCCGCCGCCGUAUAACUUCAGUCAAACACAGCCGGCCUUUAAUCCGUCGUAUCCCUCAUAUCAUAUCAAAUGA